AUGCCGAAUCCCAUCCGCGAAGACAUCACUACCCGGGAUGAUACAUCCUUCCCCUAUAUUUUCGAGCAAAAUGUCACCAUUGCUCUGAAAGAUAAAUCGGGCCUUGUCCGAUGCAACGUCUACCGGCCCAAGGAGCUGGAGAAAGCCCCGGUGCUAGUCACCUACGGGCCCUACGGCAAAGACAUUCCGUACUCGGACUUUCAUCCGAAGUCAUACAGCGAAGUCAACCCUGAGCACCACUCUGCCCAUUCAGCCUGGGAAACUCCCGACCCUGCCUUCUGGACUAAGCAUGGCUAUGCUGUUGUCCGGGCGGAUGAGCGAGGCACUGGCCAGUCCCGCGGAAAGCUGGACACCAUGUCCCGUGAAACAAGCGAGGCUUUCUUUGAUGUGGUCGAAUGGGCAGCCGAACAGCCGUGGUCCACUGGUAAGGUAGGACUGCUUGGAAUUAGUUACUAUGCUGGAAGUCAGUGGAGGGUCAGUGCGCGGCAACCCAAGGGCCUGUCGUGUAUCAUCCCGUGGGAGGGCAUGUCCGACUACUACCGCGAUCGCUGCCGACACGGAGGCAUCCUUUCGAACGCUUUCAUCAAGUUCUGGUGGGACCGCCAGGUAGUCUCUAAUCAGUACGGUCGGCCUGGUCGUGCCGCUCGCAACUGGGGCCCCGAUACCAUCGAAGGAGAUCUUCCCGAGGAAGAGUUGGAAGCAAAUCGUCAGGACCAGACGAUCGACAAUGUCAACAACCGAUUCCGGGAUGAUUUAUACUAUGCCAGUAAAGAGUACACAAUGUCCGACAUUCAGGUGCCUCUUCUGUCUGUCGCCAACUGGGGUGGAAUUCUGCUGCACUUGCGGGGUAACGUGGAAGGCUGGACUCAAGCAGGCAGCGAGCUGAAGUACCUGCGCUUCAUCACCGGUCGCCACGAUCUGCCAUUCUACUAUUCAGAAGAAGUAGAAAUUCAGCGCAGCUUCUUAGACGCCUUCCUCAAGGGCGAGGAUCGCGCCGGAUGGUCCACCGGAACAGCCCCGAAGGUUGAUCUAGUACUCCGCAAAGGAGACGUCGGAUUCAACAACGCUGAAGCAGAGAAGCAAUUCCCUCGCCGCACUGAAAAUGAAUGGCCCAUUGCCCGCACCCAAUACACGCGAUACUAUUUGACUUCCAAGCAAGAGUUGGUCACCACAGCUCCGCAGGAGCACCCGGUCAAGAUCACUUAUCGUGCUCUUGGUGAUCUGGAGAACCCACAGCUGGUGCAGUUUACCACUCCACCUUUUGAAAGCGAAACAGAAAUCACCGGGCACAUUGUCGCGCAUCUCAAUGUGUCAAUGAGUCCUCAGCCAGGCUCUCCCACUCCGCAAGACAUCGACCUUUUCGUCACGCUGCGGUACAUUUCGCCCGAGGGCAAGGAGGUGUUCUAUACUGGCACGGCGGGAGACCCAGUUCCUCUUUGCAAGGGUUGGCAGCGUGUCAGUCUGCGUAAGACUGACCCGGAUCACCCUCGCCACCGUCCCUGGCUCCCUCAUCGCAAUUAUUACUCCACGGACGUGCUUCCCGUCAUCCCGGGAGAGGUCUACCCGGUCGAUGUGGAGGUGUGGCCGACCAACGUAGUAGUCGAGAAGGGAGGAAAGAUCAUCCUGGAGGUCGCAUCGGGCGACACACAGGGAUGUGGAAUAUUCCAGCAUAAUUCUCCUGUAGACCGAACCUCAGUUCAUCAUACCAAAUCAACAUCUUACACUACCAAUCAAUUUCCCACCCCAAAAAAUACACUAAACACCACCAAAAUGACCAAAACCACCACCAAAAACAUCCGCCCCCUAAACCGCUACAUCACGACCCACGACCCGACCACCAAAAAAGCCAUAUUCUCAACCACACUCUCCGAAACCAUGCCGGUGCAACAAAUCCAAGACUCCGCCAACGCUCAAUUCUCUCUCGCCUACACCACCGACUCCUUCCCCGCCGAUCUCGCCGAUGAGGCUGACAUCCCCGCCUACGCCUCCUACCUCACCAACCCCCCGGGAAUCACUAUCUCCACGGGCUCGGUGUGUCGCAUUGUGGAUAUGCCGCCCCAUGCAUUGAGUCCGAUGCAUCGCACCGUGUCGGUGGAUUAUGGGGUUGUGUUGGAGGGGGAGGUUGAGCUGGUGUUGGACUCGGGCGAGACGAGGUUGCUUAAGAGGGGGGAUGUGGCGGUGCAGAGGGGCACGAAUCAUGCUUGGAGGAAUGUUACCCCUGAUGGAGAGGGUGGGGAGGGGAUGUGGGCUAGGAUGUUGUAUGUGCUUAUGCCGGCGAAGGGGUUGGAGUUGGGGGAGGAUUUGGGCGGCAUUCAGGUUAGGGAUAGUACUUAA